GUGGUAUAGAAAUGUUGGCUCGCAGUCUUGGAUUCCUAGCGAGACUAUCGGGCAGUUCUAAACAAACCUGUAGACCUAGACUGUUUGUCAGCUCUGACUCUACGUCUCAAGCCUCUAGCGGCAACAGCGAACAAGAGAGCAACACAAAGAGUGCAUCUUCUGAAGAGAAUCUUCGUGAGCGUAUCUUGGAGUCUGCGUUGGAUUAUGUUUGCGACCUGGGAUGGUCUAGGAGCGCACUGUCCGAGGCCGCCAAGAAGGAGGGAUUAUCCGGGAUAGCUCAUGGCUUAUUUGACAGAGGAGGGGUAGAUAUACUAUUUUACUUUGAAAAGAAAUGCAAUAGCAAAAUGAUGGAAGAGCUGUAUCCACAGUCGCCUUUGAAUCUUAGUCAUCUAGAAGAUAAGACGAGUGUAUCAAGUUUUAUGCAGAUGGCCAUUGAGUUGAGACUGCUUAUGAACGAGCCUUAUAUCAAACGAUGGCCUGAGGCAUUGGCAUUGAAGGCACUGCCACAGCAUAUGCCCGAUGCUCUAACUCAUUUGGCACAUCUAGUUGAUGACAUGUGGUAUCUUGCCGGCGACACAUCGAUGGAUUUUAGUUGGUAUACUAGACGAGCAUCAUUAGCUGUAUUGUAUGGAACCUCGGAGCUGUACAUGGUACAGGAUGACUCUUUGGAUUUCAAAAACACGCGGGCUUUUGUUGAGAAGGGUCUACGAGAACUGAGUAUGUUAUCGAAAGCAAAGCAAUCUGUUGACUCGACUGUAAAGGUUUCAUCGGGUGUUGUGAAUGUGUUGUCGGAGACUGCAAAGAAUAUGGCUGGGUUAGGAUGGCGGUGGAGGAGAUAGGCAUACGACGUUGACAGACAGAAUUAUAGUUUGCUGUGUGGUGGUAUGCAGCAUGUUUGUGAAUUUGGAUUAAUGCUACAGUUACUAGAAAGCAGCCAGAGGUUUUCAUGUUGACAUCAAUGAUUGUGGAUAAGUUCUGUAUACUACUAGUCAUUAGCUAAUUAUGUCUGUAUCAGUUCAGCACAGCAGAAUAUAAUUAAUGACCAAAGAUGACAAUUUCUUGUAGAAGGAACUCUACAGAGUAGUCAUUUAACCACUAGAUCUGAACAUUGAAUGUUUAUCUUAGGAAUACACUGUGUGUCUGGAAAAUCG